GUCUUCGACUCGGUUCAUUGUCGCCGAAUCGCACGAGAGAGGGCACGAAGGAGAGGAAGCAGAAAAAGAGAGAGGAGGUAGAACGCACGUUGCGUACGCAACGCAACGCAAACGCAGGGCCUCUGUUUCCGCCGAAGCUAAGCGGAGAAGGAAAGUGUUGAUGUACGCUGCGGGUCACGUCGUCGCGUCGUCGCGUCCUCGCGCUCGGCUAGCAAUAACACGUCCUGCCAUGGUAGCCGCGGCGUCUCUAAUGCCGCGACACGAGAAGCACGUCGCUGCGAAGCUCUAGCUUCUAGGGGCUCCCGCGAUCGCAAGAUGCGAGAGGUCCGUUCUCGGGAGAGCAUCCUCGCGUGAAAGUCAGUGUCGCAGAAUGGUGGUGGAUUGCCUGUCGAUCCAGACCUCAGCAACUGCAGUAAGGAAGCAGGAGCGAAGGUUAGGUGGCACGGUUAGUGCAAAGAUGCAACCAAACAGUGGCGGUGGAGGAUGUGGAAUGACACCAAAAGAGCUCUCUGACAAUGACGACUUGGCUACAUCUCUCGUGCUAGAUCCCUAUCUAGGAUUCACCACCCAUAAAAUGAAUAUCAGAUAUAGACCGUUGAAGGCAAAUAAAGAUGAACUCCGCAAAAUUAUCUGUGAAUUUAUCCAAAGUCAAAAUUAUGAGAAAACGUAUAAAAAAUUAAUGGGUGGAGACUGGGGUGCACGACUUCCUCAUACAAAAUCUAAGCAGCAACAAAUCAAUUUGGAGAACCACAUCAAACGAUAUUUGCGAGUUUUUGACAAGGAUUCUGGAUUCGCGAUAGAGCCGUGCUACAGAUACAGCCUAGAGGGACAAAAGGGUGCUAAGAUAUGUGCCACCCGAAAAUGGAUGAAGCACGAGAAGAUUUCCUGCCUCGUCGGUUGCAUAGCGGAGCUUAGUGAAAAGGAGGAAGCUGCAUUGCUACAUCCUGGAAAAAAUGACUUCUCUGUGAUGUUUAGUUGUCGAAAGAACUGUGCCCAAUUAUGGUUAGGGCCUGCUGCUUAUAUAAACCAUGACUGUAGAGCGAAUUGCAAGUUUGUAGCUACGGGAAGAGAUACAGCGUGCGUCAAGGUGUUGCGUGACAUUGAAGUGGGCGAGGAGAUUACGUGUUUCUACGGAGAGGAUUUUUUCGGCGAUGGUAAUUGUUACUGCGAAUGCGAGACCUGCGAGAGGCGAGGGACCGGCGCUUUCGCGAGUCAGAAGCCGGGCGAGGAACUGUCAUCCGGUUAUCGUCUGAGAGAAACGGAUAAUCGAAUCAAUCGAACCAAGCAUCGACAGCAACCUUUGAACAGGAAUAAACAGCAAGCUGAUACCGCUCUUACCGAGCGAAAUGCAGUUCUGGUUGGAAACGCGGCGGUCGCGCCACAGUCUCUCAGUAUGAAGGAAUUGCGACGCAAAGGACUCACCAAGUACGAUGCCGAGCUGCUUAUCGCUCAGGGUUGUCGUUUCUCCGAUAUCAAUCAACAGCAGCCAACGAUCAACAACGGCGAAAACGUGCUGCAGACUCGACCGCAUCCUUCCGCGGUCACGACUUCCGUCACGAGGAGUCUUCGUAACAAACAGCUGUGCAAAUUCGACGGUACUGCCGAUGACGGGAGUGCUCUCAAGAAUUCUCAGUCGCUCAGAACGUCUAGGCUUCACAAGAGAACGGAAUCAAAGAAGGGGAAGAUUAGUAUAAAGCCUGUAUCGGUCUGUCUCGACAGUUCCGUUGUGAAAGAUGCGGAAGUGGCGAACAUCAGUCAUCGAAAAGAGGAUUCGGAUAGAGUACCCGAAGAGAGUCUGUAUUCGCGAUUACAGAAGCAUCUCGUCACGGAGAUGGAUCGCAAUUUUUACGUGGAAGAUUCACGACGGCGUUCCGCGACGGAGGAAUCCUCGACCGAAGGAUCCUGUCCGUUACGACUGACAAAGAUGGAGGACGAGUCUAAUGUCAGCGACGACUUGAUGGAGGACGAACGGGGAAUACCGAACCUCACCGCGGAAGUCGAGCCCGACACAGUAAAUAAUAUUAAUUCUUCCAAUUACAAAAAGGGACAUUAUAGUACAAACGCCUGUGAUUCAAUUCGAUUAAACUCCGCGUCUCAGAUCCACGUGCAACAGCGCUUACAUACCACAGAAUUAAUUCCCGACGACACGAAUUGUCGCUCGAGAGACUAUCGUCGUUCUUCGUCGCCCGUACGGGAUAAGGAAGGUGAAAAUCAUCCUUGCAACACGGAUAAUUGCCUCGACAAACUUUCCAAGUCUCGUAGCAAACGAUUCUCCUCGACGGACGAGAGCAAAACGGUGAACGAGGAUUCGUCCUGCGAGGACGAUGAUUCGCCGUCGUCGAUCGAAGACAAGAAAGCUCUGCGACAGGCCGACUUCCGGCAUAACGAUGUUCUGUAUGAAUCGAGCUCUCGAUCGGACGACGAAUGUUGCGAUAUAAAUUCGGCGAAGGUAAUCGUGGUGCAGAAGUACGAUGUGGAGAAAGAUGUGGAGAGUGAAGACUGCGAGAGUCCGAUUGUCGUCGACGCGACGGCGGAUCGGAAUCGCACGGACAGUGUUGAGUUUUGUGAACUGAAUUCUGAGGAAGUUGUAGAAAUGAAAACUAGUAUUGGAAACGUCUUAAAGUGUUACAGCAGUACGGUUCCGAGCCGAGAGGACGAGGAGGAGGAGGAAGAGGAAGAGGCGAGCGUCGUAAUGAAAAGUGAUGCGUAUAUCGCAAACGUUAAGACUGACGUCAGAUCCGAGGUGACGACGUUACGCGCAAUCGAGAUAGACUCUAGAGUACAUAUUAGGGAAGAAAAUAACGCGGCGGACUUUAAUAACAUACAGACUGGCACAGAGUAUAAUAACGAUCUAACGGAUCAUAGAAAUUUGCAGGACAAUCAUGAUCCUUUGUCGGUGAAAAGAUCAACGUCCAGGCGGAAAGAUCACGCAUUGGAACACGCGUCCUCGAGAUCGUCUCGCAAGUCGCAGAAGAGACUCUCGAGCACCAAAUCCAAGUUCGAAUGGACGGAGGAUGCUCAGGAUGACGGAGUAGAGGGAAAGAGUCACGGUAAAACCGGAAAGAGCAAGAACAAAUCGACCAAGAGCCAGAGGAGGGACCGGCAAAGAUCGGCUACGGCCGAAAUCGGGGAGGCCGAUGACGAUUCGGGCAUCCAGGGUGAUAUUUACGAGUUUAGCGAGAAGGAGAGUAAUCUGGAGGACAUUGGGAUACUAUCUAUAAUAAGACGCGGCAAGCAUGAAUCUCGUCACGCGUCCUCAUCCACGUCGCCUGUGCCGGAGAUGCAGUGCAACGAUGAAUAUAGUAAAGCCGAGCCGCCAGUAUUAAUCCCGGAGGAACCGUGGCCUCCGAUCGAUUCGACGGCCCGGAGCGAGCACGCCGCGGAUUCCAAUAACGGUGUUCAAUCGGGAGAGAACUGUGAUGUCGACAGGAGCUUGGAGAGAUUAACAGUCUACGAAAACAGCAGCAGCAGCACGCGAAAAUCAAGCUCGAUCCCAUCAUCCGAGUGCCAAUGGCAAACGAGCAAUCCGAGCGAAUGUCGAGUCUGGCCCGUCGUCAUGCCAGAAAAGCCCAAGCUUAAGCUGACGCUGCGCAUGAAGCGAUCGUGUCCGCUUCUGGAGGACAACCUCGAGUCCGGCACGAGCGGUUUGAGUGAGGACAGCUACGAGCCCGAGUACGAGGUGUUGCGCGUCGAGGGCCUGGAGAGGCGCAAACGCCGGAAGAAGCACAAGAGCAGGGAUCGCGAGAGACGGCACAAGAAGUCGCGCGAGCUGAACCUCGACCCGCCGCCGCCGCCCAUGAAGAGAUUACGCUUGAUUCUCGGCAACGAGACACGCACUAUCGAUCUAACGCACUCUUAACAGCUAUAAUUCCUCCUUUUCCUCCAUUCCCCGGUCCCUUCCUUUUCUCCCUCCCUCCCAACCUUCGUCACGACGCGCGUGUAAUAUCAAUUUCACACACAUUACGACAGACUAUCUUCUGAAUUAUAUAAUUUGAAUUAUAUAAUUAAAAAAAGGAGGAUCUCACACACACACACACAUAACACCGACACUCCUCCGGAAAUUUUAGGCCUCCUCGUCCUGCGACAUGCGAGAACGAGUUCAUAUCUUGAACUUGAAGGUACCUUUCUCACGGUUAAACUUGGUUUAGAAUUAGAACUAGCAAUUACUGCCUUUCCUUCCUAUCUCACUCUUCUCUCUCUCUUUCUCUUUGUCUCUCUCUCUUUCUCUCUCUCUCUUUCUUGUAGUCCUUGUUAUUUAAAUCUUCUAGAAAUGUAUGUCUUAUUCUGGUAACAACGAAUCUCUGAAGGCCUACCGAGAUGUGUGAACGGAAAAAUUCGUAGGUGGGAGAAAUUGUAGAUCGCGUACAUGUUUUUUUCCGUCUAGAAUUAAAUACAUAAAAAAUCAAGGAAAUAGUAUGUGAAUACUUAUCCAAACGUACAGUUUCGUAAAGUUAGUGAAGCGCUCUAUAGUGCAUUACAAGGAUAAUUCAAUUUUUUCUAAUUCGAUCGAACCAAAUCAAGCGUAUUACUUUUUUCGAAAUUUCUUUAACGAAGAAGGAUCCACAUAAUCUCCCGAAAAAAUUUGUUUCUUUUUAUUUUCUUCUCGAACUAACUACUUCCCAUAAAACGCGAACUAUUGUAUAUGAAACGAAUUGUAUCGAUCUCAUAUUUUGCAAGAUAAACACAUAGUAUCUUACGAAUCUUACAAACUAUAACUCUCAUUGAAAUCGUUUCGGAAAGUAGUCCGUUAUUAUAUUCUUGCUACUUUCCGCCUACAUGUGUGGUAAAACUCCGGAAUGGAGAGAAAGGACGAAGGAGGAGGAUCCCUAUACUUAUACUAUGUAUAAUAAUAUAAUUAUCUAAUUGAUUAAAACAAAAUCUAGCUAAAUAUUAGUUAGUUACUAUUAUUGUAAUCGCUAUUCUCGAACGAAGGGUCGAAUAUCAUGAAAAACCUUGUAAA